AUGAAGGUGCUCUCUGGCUUCGUCCUCUUCCUCCUGCUGAACUGCCUGAGUGAAACGGCAGAGAGCCGCAAACUGCACCUGGGCAGCUGCACCAUCAGUGUCCACACGCAUGAGCUGCGCAAAUAUUACAAUGAAAUACGCUCCGACGUGCUGGCGGCCGAUAACGAGAUAGGAGUGAGACUUCUGAAGAGACCCCUGAUGGGAGAAGCUCAGGGAGAGGAGAGGUGCUGUUUCCUGCGCCUCCUGCUUCGUUUCUACAUCGACAAAGUGUUUGGGAGCCACAGCACCUCUCAGCCCCAGCACCAGCGCUCUACCAGCGCCCUGGCCAACGCGUUCUACUGCGCCAGGAGAGACCUCCUCCGACUGUGUGACUGCCACUGCGGAGAGGAAACCCAGAGAGCAAUCGACUCCAUUUACGCCGAGUUUACGAAGCUGGAUGUAAAUCAGGCGGCACUGAAGGCAAUGGGGGAGCUGGACACCGUGUUGGACUGGCUGGAUAGGCUGAGCCAGGCAACGAGCACACAGCAUGACGCUUAAACACACAAACCUACAUGAGUGCCAAUGAGUGUUUGUGGCAGAGGACUUCGAUCCAUUUCUUGAAAUGUUCACAGAAAAAAAAACUUGA